CGACGACCGUGCCCGACGUUGCACCUGUCACCUGAGCGCGCGAGGCCCCGUCUCGUCCCCCGGUAGACAGAGUCCUCACGGAAGUGAAAAUUCCCCCGGGACUAGAGGAGGCACGUGACUUUCGGGGGAAAAAGCAAAACCGAGAGAGAGAAAGGCGAGAAAAAGCGAGCCGGCACCCCGGUGACCUUGAACCGGUUUGGAUUAAGGGCGCAGGUGGUCCGCGCAUGCCGGGUCGGGCCCGGGAUUAAGGGAAAAUGUGAGAGGGGAAAAUAAGGGGUACGCGAAUCGACGGACUUUGAACUUCAUUAUUAUUAUCCUUUCGGCGAUCCUUCGAACAUCUUGUCGGUUCUUUUAAGCCGAGACUGGGCGCAGGAUCUUGGGUGCUUCUCCUGGGCUUUCGGGAUUGUGCUUGUAUUUUCUUUAUUCAUUUAUUAUUGGUUUUUGCAUCGGACGUCUCGGUCGGGACUAGAGGCGUCCGAGUGGUGAGUGUUGUGAGGGGAGAACUGGGUGGUCCAGGCUGCGAGGAUCUUUUCUGGUCCCUGAGGAUCCCGAGGGUCCUGUGGAUCCUCCCUGGACCCGUGGACCAGGGUGUGUCGCGACUCCGAUCUCCCUCUCUUCUCGUGGAUGAAGAUCCCGAGGAAUCUCCUUACCUGGAGGACUUUCCGACGUCGCAUCCUGCACCUCGAUGACGUGAUGCCUCCACCGGAUCAAGGAUCGGGCUAGUCGAGAGGCAGGAAAGAUGGCCUCUUUGUUGGGGGACGGAUCAGGACCGGGAGGUCCUGGACCAUCCCGGUGCCUCCUGUUGCUGCAGAGGUCCUUGGCCAUCCAGCUAACCAGAGGUCCUCCACCCCAGGUGCUCAAUCCUGGCCAAAGGGAGAGUCCGAAGGAGCACCCAGCUGACGAGAUGUGGAUGUACGACAAGGGCUACAACCUCUUCCAGGGCUUCCUCGAGGCCAAUUCGAAGUGCUGGUGGAAUGCCGCCCUGGUGGACGCGACUCGUCAGUUGAGGUACAAGGGACACGUCUCUCCUGGGGUGCUGAUGGUCGGAGGACCUCCCUGUGCCCUGGAGGUCCUCAGAGCAGCCUGGUCCAGGAACGUCCUUCGUCCUCCGGCCGAUCACGCCAUCACUUGCCUGGGGGACAUCGAAGAUUGUCUGGUAGCUCCCGUUUCCCAGGGGCAGUUCACGCCUCUUCCGGAAGCCCUUUGCUGGGCCAUUUUGGAAUUGACCUCCCAGAGGCAGGCUGCUACCUUGGACACCUUGAGGUCGGCCCUGAGGAACGCCUUCCCAGCGAUGCAGCGACCCAGUCGAGAGUUGGUCUACGACGCUUUGGCGAAGCUGAUGCAGGAGAGAAAGAUCUACCACACCUCUCAAGGGUACUUCGUGGUCACCCCGGAGACCAGGAGGCUCAGAAGGGACUCGGGGAGUUCCAGGAGGUGCUCCAGAGAGGUGGCCAGUGCCAGAGGUCAAGGCGGGAUGCUGAUGACCAACGACGAGGCCAUGGCUCUGGUCCAUGGGGAAAUGCUCACCCUGAGGGACGGCGAUGUCACCCACCAGGCUGUCCAGACCAACUUGGCGGACGUCAUUUGCGGAGGAAAUCCGAACGACAAGGUCCUGUUCGCCAGGUGUCGCUCGGUGCCAGGACGCCUCGAGAGGAGGCACUCUUUGCGCCUGUGGGGCUCUGCAAGGCGUCUUCAUCGAAGCGGAAGUUCAAGGUCGCUGCCUCGAAGACCGGACAGAAGCGACACGUCUUCUAGUGCGGAAUAUGCGAGCACCGACAGCGCACCCCAUAGUCCAACCAGUUUCUCCGGGAUUUUUUCAGAGAAAAUAGGCCUUCUGUCGAGGCUCUUCAGACGCAGCUCCCGCAGAAAGGGAGCACCUCUGAUGGGGACGUUCAGUGCCCAGUAUCCUCCGACAGAAUGGUUCAAUCCCAGGGUGGUGCACCUCCACAGUGUGGCGACGCAGACCAGAGCCGCGAGUCCAUCGAUGAUGGAGGGCUUGGACCAGUCGCAAGCCAGCUUCCAGGUGUGGGACGACUCGAGUUCCGUCCGAUCGGCGACUCUACCGAGGAGACAUCGACGCCAGGCAAGCGGGGAUUCCUCCAGUCUUCUGGCGAACUCCACCCCGAGGAGUUCCCGAAGACACAGGUCGCCCUGCUCCACCUUGCCUCGCUCCAAGUGCUCCAGCCUCAGCAGAUGCACGUCUCGAGCUUCCGUCCUACCGGCAAGCAACAAUCAAGAGCCGUACCAAAAUCGGGCAGCGACCCAAAACGAGAAGAACUCCGCCAAUUCCUCGCCUAGCAGAAGUGGUGGAAGUUCAGGAUCGGUGCGAGCAGCCAAUGCGAGUCCAGCCAAGGCUGCGACCUUAGGGAGGUCCAGCGUUCGUCACAGUUCAAGGAGACCAAGCCAUGACUCCACCGGAAGCGGAACCAAGUCUUCCAAUGGGUCCCCGCAGCACAAAAUUCUCCAGAAAACCUCGUCCAGCCACUCCACCCAUUCCAGCGGGAAAUCGAUUUCCAGUGGUAAACUGUCCUCGUCGCCGUUGAAGACGUCCACGUUGCCGGUGAAGUCGUCGCCCCUGAAGGUGAUUCAACAGGGAGCCCUGACGCCUCUUCAGGAGGCUCAGAACUCCAUCACGUUGCAGGUCUCUACUAACCUGAGUCCUGUCACUGGCCAACAACCGGAGCAAAGGGGAAUCCAAAGCAGCGUCACUUUGGCUUCUAACUCCCUGAGUACCACUACCAUCUCUGGUUCACCCGGGACCAAGAUCUACGUCCAGCAGAACAACUCUCCGAUGAGGUCGGUCAUCACCUUCGAGAACGGCACGUCCAGGAGCAAGGAGAAGGAGAGCAUUCCAGUUGGGAAGGAGAAGCAGGAGAAGGAACUCGUUGGAGAGAAAGCCUACAAGAACAGAACGGAAGACGAAAAGCUAUUCAAGAGCAAAGUCGAGGAAGAGAGGCUGUACAAGCCUAUCUCGAAGGUGGAGGACUGGAAGCCCAUCAAACUGGAGAGGCCCUCUUCUCUCUAUGCGUCGAAGGACUCCAAACCCACGUUCUCCGAGUCCGACAAGGAGAACAAGAAGGCCGACGAAGAGACUCCUAACAAACUGAAGCUGACCAAUCGGCUCAACAACAGCCAGGCACACCUCAUCGACGGCUCCACCAACAACGUGGACAAGAACUCCCUGGUACUCUCUGGAGAACAUCCGGCGACCGCCUUGCAGAGCUCGAAGAACACCAACGAUGCGAUGAACAACUCGAGGAAGCUCAGUUUGUCGCUGUCGAAGGACGCGUUGAGCUACAGGAAUCUUUUAAGACCUGGGUCGAAAAGCAACGUUGCUUCGAAUCCUCCCUCGCCCACCAAAUCCUACGACGGAUUUGGGGGGUCCUUUAACAACGUGUACAUCGAGAACUUGGAAUCUGGGAAGCAACAGAGAGCUCCUCAAGGUUCCGAGCCUAAUUUGGACAAAACCAUAAGUCGCGGGGACUUGCAUUCUUAUCCUAGCCUGAGCGAUAUGCAAGUUCAGUUCACCAGUAUUGCCGCUCAAAAGAUACUUAAUGGAAGCUCCAACAAGAGCGUCGAUACUCUGAUCGAAGUCAACAUGGCUGCUGCUGAGAAACCGAACAACUGCGAUGUCACCGUCCAUACCGAUUUUGGACUGGUUUAGGUACCACGGAUACUGCUAUUGAGAAGUAGAGGACAGGCUCGAUGCUCCGCCACAUAUCUACCAGGAUUCCAAUGUUGGGGACUUCCAAAUUCCAAAAUGGAGGCUUUCCUCGAAUUAUCGACGUUUCACUGCCAUUUGUCUCUACGGAUUAACGAGCAACGAGCAUCGGGGCCUGAUCGUCGUUUCGGUAGCCAAGCUACGAGGAACUUCCAGCGUCCAUCCAGUAUCUCUGCGGUCAACUUAAACCAGUGUAUUUAGUUAAGUUAACCAUUGUAACUGUAUCGGCGAUCGCAUCUUAAUUUGCAAUUCGAUGAGAGACGAGGGAGUGUUUCUCCACCGAUGCACUUGGUAACCUUCUUGAAACCGAUAUGAGUUCCGCCAGUCACUCAUUACAGAUCAUAACUCAUUGGCGAACUAUGUUCGAAUUGUUAUUUAUUUUUCUAGGCUCCUCCGUAACCGAUCAACAGGGUAAGGAAACCCGUCGAUAGUCCUCAGCUUCGCCUCGCUUUAUUUCAGGAAAGCGAUUCGCAAAAGCAAAUGGCAUUUGAUCCUCGUAGAAUCGUCACCGAGGAGUCCGGUUCCUAAAAUGAUUUAUGAUCGCAAUGAAAUGUCAGCCGUAUCUAGAAAGGUGCUGAGAAAUUCGUGCGCGUCUUCUAGCGGGUUAAAAGCUCCACACCGUAUUUGGAUCAUCGAUCUCACUUUUGAGAAGGAAGUGUACUCGAUCCUUCGUCGAAUUGCAUCUCCUCUUCUCUUUCUCUCCUUCUCUCGGGAAAAUGCCCCUUUUUUUUAUUUUCCCGAGAGAAUUGCACGCGUGUAACAUAGUGAUUUAAUAAACAAAAAAAGUAAAGA